GACAAAAAUGUGAAAUAGAAACAGCGAUAAAUACCAAUGAGAAAACUCCGAGCUUCUCUUCUUCUUGCCUGAUCUAACCAUUUCAACUCCAUCGCGGGAAUCUCUGAGCUCUCUCUCUCUCUCUCUCUAUCUAUCUCUUUCUUCUAGACAUAGCCACCGGAAACAAUGGCGUCGUCGACGGCUAAGAUUACGUUUCGUGUUAUCAUGGUGGUGAUCCUCCUCCUCGUCUUGUUCUAUGUCGGUCGUCCUCUGUACUGGAAGAUUUCCGCUACUGUACAUGAUAUUCGUCAGAACAAACAGACCGUCAAAGAAGGCCUCUCUCAGAUCGUUCUGGAAGCUCAGAAAUCGGUGGGAUGGUACCAUGAUGAGUCGGACUCGGGCGUUCAUGAUGGAAAUGAUGGAAAGAAAGCCGGAUCGGGUGCUAUUCGGAGGCUGCUUCAUCAGUUUAAGACUGAAUGUUUGGUAAAGGUGGAAAUGCGUACAUAGGAUGAUGAACUAAAGAUGACAAUGGCCUUUUGUAAUGGUUUUUGUUACUGUGAGUCCGUGACGGGCUAAUUGGGCAUUCUGGUGCUGAAGGAGCGAUUUGAAACAAAAUCAACUAAUUGAAGUAUAAUGGAGAAGGCUUCAAUAAAAAGAUUGUACAAAAUAAUGAUGGAUGCCUCUGAACCUUUCUAGAUAGAUCCAAGACUUGGUGGAGCUGUAGUUAACCAUAAAAACCCAUAAUGCCCUGCUGUUUAAUCAUGUUUCCUUGUGCUUUUUAUUCAUAAGCUCAAAUGCAGCAACCAUGACAAAUCUUACUUGGCAGUGUGCCCUUCACUUGUGGCAACUCCCAAGUCCUAAUGGUGAAAUUAGUAGUUGCCUUUGUAUACCUAUCUCAUCUCGUCCUCAUAAACAUGAGAAGGGAGAUGAGAAAGGAAUUCCUGCAGAAUGUUUACACAUAGAUAUGAUAAUCAUGUCUGCAUAUGUGACAGUCUGAUGUAACGUGGUUUUCUGUAGGAACAUACACGCUAAAAUUGAUUU